AGCUGCUAUUAUAAAAUCAUGGCAUAUAUGGUCAAAAAAGUAUUUUACAAUGGCAUCAGUUUAUCAAAGUAAAUACAGAAGAGAAGAAGUAAUAUUUUAAACAGAUUGGAACACACAGGAUUAAACAACACACUAUUCUUCUUAAAACAAAAACUAAUAAAUGUCAGUGUAGUGAGAGUGUAGAACAUGUUAAUGAAAUGGAAAAACUAUUACUGUGAACAAUAGGCUAAGCUAAAAAUAAUAUCCUAAACUGGAAGAGAAUCGACUGCAUUAUUAGAGACUAAAGACAGACUAAAGUAAUAAGGGCGAUUUUUAAAUAUUUAGGCCUACAAGACACACAAUUCAUAGGAUAUAACCCCGUUGAAGGAGGCACACACACAGCACACAUUUUCGAUAUCUCUCUUAUCUCUCACACCCAUUGCAGGUCUUGGAGUCUCAACUAACAGAUAAGUGCAAUUCAGUGUAAAACUGAUAUGAAGCCAUGACAUUAGCUACGUGUGGUGGAUGGCAGUACUGUGCAACUGGUAACACUCCAAAAACAACAACAAACUGUUGAAAACAGUUACAAUAAGAGGACACUUUUAAAGGGGAAAAACACCUGCACUCUUUUCUGAACCACUGGGAUUUAUUAUUUGAGAAGAUGCUCAUUUUUGUGUGUAUGUUGUCAUUUUUGACAGUCGUUAAUGCAGGUUCUCACUCACUGAUGGCUUUGGCAACAUAUAUUGUUGGACAGACACCAUUUCCUGAGUUCAGUGUUGUGCUGAUGUUGGAUGAUCUGCAAAUAGGAUAUUAUGAUUCUGUCACAUGGAAACCUGUCUAUCGCUCUCACAGUGAUUCAAAAUACUAUGAUGAAGAGCAAAGUGAUGCUGAUACUAUAUUUCGUGAAAAAUAUUAUAGAAUGAAAGAUCGAGCUUUUUAUCUAAAAGAUCACCAAAAUCACACAGACAGUGUACAUGUUCAUCAGAGACUUGUUGGAUGUGAACUGUUGAACAAUGGUAAACCAGGUCUACUUCAUUUCUGGGAUGCUUUCGGUGGGCAAAAUUUGGAGGAGUUUAUUUUCGACAUAGAAAAACAUGACAUCCAGUUCAAAAUGCCAUGGGCGAUAGCAUGGGACCAACUAAAACAACUUCAUGAAAACUUUAUGUAUGAAAAUGUGUAUCAUCCUAUUUGCAUCAAAACUUUGCGAAGGUACCUGAAUAUGGAAAAGAACAAUGUGAUGAGAAAAGUGAAACCCAGAGUCAGACUCAUGAGGAAGACACUCCCAGACUCUCAAGGGCUUCAGAUCAGCUGUCUGGCCACUGGUUUUUACCCCCGUCACAUUAACCUGACUCUGUUCAGAGAUGAUCAGCCUGUGGAUGAUGAUCAGAUCACAGGAGGAGAGAUUCUGCCCAACGGAGACGGAACUUAUCAGAUGAGGAAGAGUUUGGUGAUCAGCGCAGAAGAACAACGUGAAAGACACAAAUAUAACUGUACAAUGAAGCACCUCAAUCUGGACAACAAAUUGGACAUUACGUUUGAUACUGAAUCUGACUCAGGAUCCAUUAGGUUAUCUGUUAUCAGUGUGCUGGUGUUACUGUGUGUGGCUCUCAUCAUAACUGCAUUCAUCAUAUGGAGGAAGAAGACACAUUCUGCUGGUUCAGUUGCCAAACCAUCACAGAGUCAUUUCGUCUAUAUUUCAAUGCAAGAUGCUACAUGAAAAAUGAGCCCAGAUGGAUCCAAAUUCUGAAGAAAUAUUCACACAAUAUUUGGUCUCAUGUGGAUGUCAGACUCUCUUAUUGGAGUCUCUGAUGAGACACUGUGGAAAGUUGCAGAAAGGAGAACAGUCAUCAAACUGAUUUCUUUUGUGGAGAAUUCACUUCUGUGUGCCACACUGCUCAGAAAUAAGAGUGACUGCACAAAAUGACUGAAAACCACGUAAGACUUAAACCACCAUGAUAGGUUUUCUGACAAAAUGUUGCUCUAGAAAUCCCUUUCUAAAUGUGCAAUCUUUACAAACAGUUUAUGCAAAUUGUUUUUCUGUUAUGUUCAAGAAAUUUGUUAAAUGCAACACUAUGGCUUAAUGCAGAGAUUGCUUUCUGUUAUAAACUUAGUUUUAGUAUAUCAAGUGAAAACAGAAUCUUAUCCUACUCUCCUAGUAAAAAUUUGGACAUAUUUACAUUUGACAUGUUAAAUAACAUUUGAUUUAGUGCAUUAAAUUAUAUUUUCAUUACAUUUAUGCAUUUGGCAGACACUUUUAUCCAAAGCAACUUGUAGUGCAAUCUCUGUGGCAAACCUUUGCCAUUGCCCGUGUUACUUUUAACACUCUUUUUACAUCAUACCCACACACAUCAUAUGGAGGAAGAGAUGUGCUGCUGGUAAAUGUUCUGUACAGUUCAGUUCUGUAUAGUUCAGUUCAUUACAUCUGAUGCUUAAUUAUAAACAGAAACCAAACAUAAGUUCUUUUAGAGACACUCUUUUAUAUGCCAGUGUAUGUUUGUUACUUUUUAUUGAUCCUGGUUUAACUGUGUCAUUUUUAUUCAAAACAAGGCUCUGAUGUCACAUAAUAAAUGCUCUUCUACCAGUAUACCAUGAGUAUACCAUGUUUAAUAUGAAGUCAAGAAUAUGUUCAUUGAAAGGUUAAUUUGGGAAACUUUGAAAAUUGAGUCAAUGUAGGACAUCAAAUUAAAUAGUCAAGGACAAUACAGGCAAACCUUAAAUUAUUGUAGCAUUUGCUUGGUGGAUACCAUUUGGGUUAUGUUAUUAUAAUGACCAUCAAAUGAUGUGUAGGGAGCACCCAUUGGCCCAAUGAUGGAAUCCAACAGUGUGGGUGAAGGAAUUCUCUGUGUAGGUCUUUUACUUGUGCUUCUAAUUUGUAAUAAUUUCAUUUCAAUUUGACUCUAUAGCUUUGUAUUUAAUCUGAUUCCAAUUUCAAAUUAAAUUCAAUAUUAAAUUAAAUAUUUGAUUAUUUUAGGUAUCCCAUACUUUCAAUUAUUCGUUCAUUAGGGAUCCUAUGUCACACAGAGUCUCAUGCAGGCCGGGUACAUGGCUUUCACAAUCACAAACUUGCCAGUCUGAUCUUAGUGGUGCAAGGUUAACUAAUACCUUUAAGUCAGCCGCCAACUGCUUGCUCGUACAAAAAGCGUAGUUUUUUUAUUCACUUUCAUGCAACUUGCUAAGUCAGUGUUAGACAGAAAUCAAAUGUGCCAACUGCUCCAUUCAUUCGUGAGCCUUGAAUUUGACCUAUCAUGAACAUCAGCCUCAUGACAAUCUACUAGUCAUAAUGUUUUCAAGAGAGUUCUGAAUAAAUCAAAUAUAGUAUUUUAUUUUUAGGUAAAAAUGUAUUGUGCCAAUUACAUAACAAUAACAAUGAGAAUCCAAUUACACACAGUGUGAGUGCAGGAAUCACACAGCACUGUAUAUGGUG